AUGACUGUCCAUAGUGACUCUACAACGUUGAAAGACUGGAUCGACGAGAACACUACCUUGUAAGUUUCCAUUUUGAAAAAAAUCAUUUAUUUCCAAACACUUAAAGCUUGAAAAUAGGCUAACUAACAAGAAUGAUUUGUUUUCGUUAGUUUUAGCCAAGUUUACUAUUUUCUGUUGUUAAUCGUAAAUGCUGACUCUUGUAGAAAUGGUUUCUCUUCCAGAAUAACUCUUGGCACAGCUGAAGGAGAAGCUAGUCUUGAAACAAGCGAUGGUGUAAGUCUUUUUAUAUUACUACUGCGGGCUAUUUUUAAGACUUACAAAAGCAGUUUUUAAAAUUAAACUUUUUUUGAUCUUUAACAAAUAAAACGUUCAUUUCAGUGUCGCCACCGUAUAUAUAAAACCUCUUCAUCUGACUCGUUUCAAGUAGAUGACAUGACCGGCUUUGAAGGUCCUAAAUCUGAAUCCGUAGUGGAGUCAAUAGAACCCUCUUCCGUCGAAUGUGAAUCAGAAGCAGGCUUUACUUUGUCACCGAUGAAAAUGAAAGAAUCUGAAGCUCAAGAAUCCAAGAAACAAGCCACGUUAACUUCUAAACCCAUCGUUCCGAAACCUGUAGACGGCAUCUACUACGGGUUCGUCGAUUCAUUGCUGAAUGUUUUGAAGCCUGGCCGGUUUGGUGUGUUUUACUACAACAAAUUAGAAAAUGAAGCCGAUAAGAUUAACGUUUGUAGUCGAUUGUUGUUCGCUUAUAAAAGUCGUGGUGGUUCUGUAAGUUUUGGUUAAUAAUAGUAUUUGUAAUUGUAAUAUUACUCAUUUAUAGCCGACUUUAUAUUAUUUAUUUUAGCUAAUCAUUCGUCCUCUUGAACAUUCAGAAAAAGGCUGGAGGAUCGCGGAUCAACAAUUUUACCAGAAACCGUCACCGUCGUUGAAGAAUCUGAUCCAGAACCUGAAAGACAUUGGCUUCCGCAUACCCGGAAACCCGACCAAAUACGACCAUGUACCCUUUUGGACGCUGAGAGCCCCACACACCGUCGAGGAAUGUUCCAGAACCGAUUGCGACAAAAUAUUAGUCCCCAGGCACAUCAACUACGUCGUACAAUAUUUAAUUGAGCCGUAA